AUGGCUGCGGAGAAUGUUUACAUGAUUAUAUAUCCUAAUGGAGAAAUUUCUCUUACAGCUGAAGGUAUUACAUUCGUUUGCGACGAUCCAUUGUGGAUAAUGAUUCCACCACAAACAUCGUUGCAAGAUUUGAAGAAUCUGAUUCUGAUGCAUACCGAAAUGGUUGGAAAAAAGGAAAUUACGAAGCUGACCUACAGAAUACCGGUUGCAGUGGCCAACUCGUUUUCGUAUCAGAAAAUGCAAAUAAAAGCUGAUCAGCAUGUGUCGAUGAUGUUUUCUUAUCAUCGAAGCAUAGGAAGCAUCUAUUCGUUGGAGCUUUGUCUGAAUCUUCAAGACAUUGGUGGAAGCUCGUCCAGUUCGAAUAACGUGGAGGGUGUCAGAAAUCGACCAGCGGAUGAUUUUGGUUUGGUUCGGGAUACCAGUAGGGCCCCAAGUCCAAGCUUCAAUGCAUUCGUUCCGCAGGUACAAAAUGUAUCUAUUCGUGAAGCACGCCCCGCCUCUUUUACACAUCUUGGGGUCGAUAGGGUUUCAGAGGCUGCUAAUGUAUAUACGUCUGACGAGGAUGAGAUUGAAGAUUUCAGCGGUGAUGAUCCAGAAGUAGUUCCAGAGACUCAGCCUCUGCAUGGCGAUGCUGUUCCUCCAACACGAGUCGAACCUGAAGGUGGUGGUGUAUCUUCCUCCACACCGGCACACUACCUAUCCUUAAAUCUGGGAGCAAUGCAUUCGACUAACGCAGAGGAAAGACCGAGCAGCUACCCUUUGUCAGGGGAGAUGGAGCUCAAGAUUGGGUUGAAAUUUCUUAACCGCGAGACAGCAAUGCUAGCAGUUAAAAACUACAACAUCCGUAGGAGUGCAGAAUAUAAGGUUGUAGAGUCAGACCAAAGUAGGUAUGUCUGUCGAUGCAAGCAUUUCGGGGAUCAAUGUCGUUGGAUGGUACGGGUUGCAAAGACAAUGUCCUGUAGAUUUUGGGAAAUCCGAAAGUACGAAGGGCCUCACAGUUGCUUGGCAAGUACAAUGUCUCAAGACCACGCUCAACUCGAUAGCAACGUCAUCUGCCAGCACAUACUUUCCAUGGUGCAUGCUGAUGCGACGAUUUGUGUAAAGGUGUUGCAAGGAUCAGUUGAGUCAGCGUACGGUUACAAGGUGUCUUACAAGAAGCUGCAUAGAUACCUCAAUGCUCUACAAGCAUUCGUCCCAGGGACAAUUGUUGACCUCCAAACCCGGCUGUACUAUGUCGGGAACACACUAGACCGUGGUUGUGUCAUGUUUCACCAGGUUUUCUGGUCAUUCCCUUCCUGUAUUGAAGCUUUCAGGCACUGUAAGUCGCUGGUCUCAGUGGACGGAACACACCUGUAUGGUAAGUACGUAGGCACCCUUCUCAUGGGCAUUGCACAGGAUGGGAAUAAUAACAUUCUACCCGUCGCUUUUGCACUUGUCGAAAGAGAGAACACAGAUUCAUGGUACUUCUUCCUAACCAAUUUGAGGAGGCAUGUCGCAACUCGGCCGGGAGUUCUGCUUAUAUCCGACAGGCAUGCGGCAAUAAAGGCCGCAUUGGAACGUGACGGGUGUGGCUGGGAACACAAUGUGUACUGUGUACGACAUAUUGCCUCCAACUUUGCCACCAGUUUCAAGAGUAAGGAAGCCAAGAGAUGCCUUGUUAAUGCGGCAUAUUCGAAGACGCAAGAGUAG